AUGGGCAGCAUUGAGAACGAUCCUGCCUGGGAGUUUUUGCGGCAAUCCCCUGAACAGUUGUUAGCAGCUAGUACAAAGAAGUUCGACUCGAAGAAGAAUGUCUGGAUAUCGGACAAAGAAGAGGGAUUUAUCGCCGCUGAAAUCAAAUCGACGAAGGGUGAUGUUAUGGUUGUGGUGACCAGCAAGGGAAACGAGAAGACCAUCAAGAAGGAUGAAGCUCAACAGAUGAAUCCUCCGAAAUUUGAAAAAACCGAGGAUAUGGCAAAUCUGACGUUUCUCAACGAUGCUUCUGUGCUUCACAAUCUUCGCCAACGAUACUUCUCAAUGAUAUUUAUACUUACUCUGGCCUGUUCUGCGUCGUCAUCAACCCCUACAAAAGGCUUCCUAUCUAUUCGGAAAACCCGUGUCCAAUGUAGCCAGAGGGCGACGUCGCAACGAGAUGCCACCGCAUCUUUUUUGCCGUCGCCGACGAGGCCUACAGGAACAUGCAAAACGUCCAUGCUGAUUACUGGUGAAUCUGGAGCUGGUAAGACAGAAAACACCAAGAAGGUCAUCUCGUAUUUCGCUAUGGUUGGAAGAUUUCAAACACGUAAAAUGUGCCCCAAAGAACUCGGUAUUUUUCAGAAAGAAGAAGAAGACAAGUCAAGUGUCUCCUUAGAGGAGCAGAUUGUACAGACUAACCCUGUACUUGAAGCAUUCGGUAACGCGAAAACUGUUCGUAACAAUAACUCGUCUCGUUUCGGAAAAUUUAUUCGUAUCCAUUUCAACAAAGCCGGAAAAGUUGCCGGAGGCGAUAUUGAGCACUAUCUUCUCGAGAAGUCCAGGGUUAUCAAACAGGCGCCCGGAGAACGAUGCUAUCACAUUUUCUACCAGAUCUAUUCGGGUGCGGUCAAAGGACUGAAAGGUAAACUUCCUCCGAAAUGA